GACUAGCAGCCAGAGCACUGCUCACGAAGAAGGAAACCCUGGGAGGGAAGAACUUGGGGAACGAGAGGACACAAGAAUCUCUGCAGCUGCUUAUGUAUGUAGGCAAAAUGAAGCUGAAUCUGGUGCAGAUCUUUUUCAUGUUGCUGAUGCUGCUGCUGGGCCUGGGGAUGGGGCUGGGGUUGGGGCUUCAUAUGGCUGCAGCAGUCUUGGAGGAGAGUGAUCAACCGCUCAAUGAAUUUUGGUCCAGUGACUCACAGGACAAAGCUGAGGCCACUGAGGAGGGAGAGGGCACCCAAACCACAGAAACGCUGGUGCUUGGCAACAAAGAAAUGGUGCAACCUGGCUGGCCAGAAGAUCCCAUCCUCAGUGAAGAUGAGGUUGGAGGAAACAAGAUGCUCAGAGCCUCAGCUCUCUUUCAGAGCAACAAAGACUAUCUUAGGCUUGACCCGACAGAUAGAGAAUGCAAUGAUAUGAUGGCACACAAGAUGAAGGAGCCCAAUCAGAGUUGCAUAGCCCAGUAUGCAUUCAUCCAUGAGGAUCUAAACACAGUCAAAGCUGUCUGUAACAGUCCUGUCAUUGCCUGUGAGCUCAAAGGGGGAAAAUGUCACAAAAGCUCCCGACCUUUUGAUUUGACAUUGUGCGAGCUGUCCAAACCAGACCAGGUCACUCCUAACUGCAAUUACCUAACUUCCGUUAUAAAAAAGCACAUUAUCAUAUCCUGUAAUGACAUGAAGCACCAGUUACCAACUGGACAAUGAAGCAGCUCAUCAUCUUUUUUUCUUCACCUUCUCCUAUUCCUCUUCCUCUUUUACUUCUUCUUUCUCAUGUAGUUCUCCUGAUCUUAGGUAUUAUGCAGAUGUAAUUCUUCCUUGCCUUAUGAGUCACCCAACUUGCAUUUUGUUCCUAGGAUUAGAGAUGGUAGAAUAAGGUGAUAAUGCCUAGUUUCUCUAAGCUCUCCGUCUCUCCUUUCCCUUACCCUGGAAAGGAGUAAGAGAAGAGCUGCUGUAGUCCCUACUGUAGUCCUGACCAUCCACUUGUUUCCUGCUCUGAGUUUGUCUCUGGAUGUGGACUGGAAGAGUUUAGUGUAUCCUUUACCCAUGUUCUUCCCUGCUACCCACCCUGAGCCUCUACAACAAUUACAUAAGACUUGGGUUUUGCAC